CUUGACCCCUACCGUAUCGUCUUAAUGUGUGCAUUAGGUCACUCAUGCCUCACCCGUCACGAUAUGAACCCUGCUGCCAUUGAACAAACCUUAUAAAUACGGAACCGAUCCUUCCUAAAACAUUCCAUAUAAGACACGAUGAAAAAUACAUCUAAAAUCAUAACACUGUUAGUGUUUUUAUUAAGUGCAGCAAUAAUUGACGGAGAAAAUGAGAAGGUAUUACUUAUAGCACCAGUGCUAUCACCAACUGCAAACGUUAAUGAUAAAGUAUCAAGAACUGCGAAGGAUUUUCCAGUUUUGAUGGUAUUGGCUAGUGAGACUAAUACUACGAUAAGUGAAGAAUCUAAAAUCGAUAAUAUGAUGCCUAUUUAUGUUAAAAAACUAGAAGAUCAGCCCCCUUAUCCAAUUCGUCGACAGAAGCAUGAAACAACAUAAUGGAAAUAAGUCGAAGUGUGUAAUAUAAUUAGAUGUAAAAUAAAGGUCAACUAUAAGAUACAGAAAUAUAUUGCGUAGAAUAUGAACAGAGAGAACGGCUUGAUUAUGCAGCGUAUAAAAAGACAGCUUUUUAGACCAGGUUUUGGACCAGCGAGAGCACGAUCACCGACUGUGAUUGUUGUUCCUGAAAGAGGUGCCGGGAACUAUCCAGCGUACAGCAAUGUUCCCAUGUCGCCGUACAGCGUCAACAACCCCAACAGAGGGACGACGGUGGUCGUCAGCCAAGUGCCAGAAUAUAAUUACAACGGUAUUGGUCGGACCUACGGCGUCGUGCCAACCCUAUAAGGAAAAUUAUAUACCAUAAUAUUUGUAAUUAAAUUGUGAUUGUAACCAUA